AGUCUGUGUUAGGGUAAGGUCAAAGUAUCUUCCGAUAUAAUAUUUGUUCUCUCGUCUCUCUCAAACCUGCAAUUAGGGUUUCGUCCGUCUUUCUCGAUUUCGUAUCUUUUUCCCAAAUCGUUUUUUUGAUGGAAAAUGAAACGCGCAGUACGAGCAAGGAAAAACGACGGCCACAAUCUGAUGAUAUAUGCGACCAAGUCGUAGGCCGUUACGGCAAAUCCGUCGCACCUCAUCACGUCAAACUCUGCGAAAUUGCUAUGCGUACCCGCAAAUCCCUAAGAUCUGGAUAUCGGCUCACGACUCCCCACUCUUACCUCGAAAAUAUCAUUCACGCCCUAUCUGGAAAACUAUGACGCCGGUGCAGAUUCAGUGUCUGCGAUGUGUUUGUUUUUGGAGUUUGUGUUGCGUCGGGUUCCUAAGGAGUUUAUAACCAAGUCCGAGGCGACUAAGUCUAUGAAGAUUGUAGUUAAAGCUUUGCAGGCGACGAGUGAUAGCACUUUGGUCGAGUGUUUGGCUUGGUUGCUGGAGUUGUGUGACUUGGACAAUUGGGAAUCUAUAAAAUUAGGCGUCCAGGCGCUUAUCUACUAUUCAAGUCAUACACGGCUGGAGGUUAGAAAAUCUGCUCAGAUUUGUGCUGUGAAGGUCUUCCGUUCUUUUGAAUCCGAAAAGGUCAAAGAAUGUGCAAGUGAAUUGGUACUACAAAUGUUCACUUCCCAUGUGUCUUUACCCAUAGACGAAUCGGAUACAAUAGAUCCAUGCAUUCUUCACAUGAUGGAUAUGAUGAGAUUCCUAAUACCUGAUUUACCACCAAAUUUCGCAUCAAAAGCAAUUCGAGCAUUACCUAUAGGAGCCAAGUCCUCAAUGGUGAUGAGGCGUAUUUUAGAUUUCAUGGAGAUUCUACUCGAAUACUUUGAAGAUGAAUCCGAGCUUACACCGAUAGAUACCGUGAUAAUAACAAAAAAGUGGAUUAGCGAAUAUUCCUUAAUCAUUUGUCGUAUAGCAGGUCUUCUGACAUCUGAUCAUGCUACUGCUACAAGGGCUUCAAGUAUUCUAAAAGAAAAGUUGGGACGUGUAUUUAUCUUUGAAGAUCAAAACAUUGUUGCACCGAAGGAAACAAAAAUGGUGGUAAACAUAUGCGAUGCACUUUUAGAAGUUCUCAGUACUCAUGCAAACGAGCAUUCUUUACCUGUCAUUGCUGGUUUAUUUCAAAAUAUCGGGAACAAGUCCAUUGUCUACAUGCACAAGAUACUUCUAAAGCUUGCUGAAUUUAUGACAAAAGCAUCUGGUGAUGUAAAAAGACAUGUUCAAGAGUGUAUCGGGUGUGCGGUAAUUGUUAUGAAGCCAGAAAAAGUACAUGAAUUCUUUCCUAUUUCCGUUGAUCCCGAUGAACUUACUUACACAAACACAUGGUUGAUACCUAUUUAUAGGGAUCAUGUUGUUCUGUCAUCCUUGGGGUUCUUUAUUAGAACAAUAGUCCCUCUCUCCGAAUCUUUCAUGGAAGCAUGCAAAAAAGUUGAAGAAAACUCAGAAAUCAGAAAACAAUUUGAGUCUCAUGCACGAGCAGAUCACAUGAUUAAAUGGCUAAAAAAGGAUGUGUUUAUGAUCGAGCAUAUUGGCAUAGCUUUGCAGUAUCUUGUCAAGGGAAACAAAGGCCUUCCUUUUCUCUCUGGUGAGGAACUUUUCAAAGAUUGGGGGAUUGAAUAUGGAAAAAAAGUCGAAAUGGAAAACAUGAAGGCCAUGUUACCAUGGUUAGAGGAGUUUUUGAAAGCUUUUAUCCAAGUUUUCUUUCAAUUCUCCCCUGAGAAACCUCCUGCUUUUGUAAAGGACACGAUUAGAUGCUUGACACUUGCUAUUAAAUCUUCAAAAGUAAAAGUGAUUUUCCGUUCGUCACUUAAGAAUGUUUCUGUAGAUGAAGGUAGACCUUUAAAUUUGAUACUGGAACUUGCAUCAUUGUUUGUUGAGGCAACUGGAGUUGAUUCCGAUGAUAUUAUAUACAAUUCCAUCGAAGAGUGUUUGAAGGAAGGGGUAGAGGAUGGGGAUGCAUAUGCUGCGCUUUACAAAAUCUUGGUGGAAUCUUCCGACUUCAGAUCUUCAAAGUUUAAGCAAGUUAUCGAUUUAUUACUUGGUUUGAAACCCCCUAAGGAUAUAACUUCACUUAGAUGGCGGUUUUUGUGCUUCAAGAUCUUGUUAGUUCACUCAAUGGAGAUAUUUCAUGCUGGAAAGAACAUUUAUGGUAUUCAUAUGCUGUAUGAAAUCAUAGUGAGGCCACGAGAUAAAAAAAGUAAAAAGGUGGCAGGCGAGAUCCUUGUAGAGACAAGUACCAUCUUAAAAAAAGAACCAUCUCCAUCAAAACCAGGAAAUUAUCAAGUAUUCAUCAGCAUGAUAAUGUUGUUACUCUUUUGGAGUCCUUAUCACGGAAAAGCUCCUUCUCACGUAAAAGCUGAUGCAGUCUCUGCGUUAUCUCUACUUGUAUCUGAUGACCCACAAAUCUGCCUUCUGAUGCCAGAUGUUGUGCCAUCAAUCCUUGGAUUGCUGGAUAAGGAAGACAACAUACAAGUUGUAAAAGGGGUUUUAUGGUUCAUAGAGAACAUAGUUGUCAAUCUUCCGGUGAGAAAAUUGCAUGACUUGCAUGCUGCUAUUUUUCGUGGGCUUUAUCCAUGGUCGGAUGCUUCUCUACAUGAUAUCAAAUCAAAGGUGGAUGCCAUUUUAAUGAUUAUUAAACAUAAAAUUAGUAUAUUUAUGCACCCACUAUCACCGGAAGAAGAAGAAGAAGAAGAAUACAUGAUAUCAAAUCAAAGGUGGAUGCCAUUUUGAAGAUUAUUGAACAUAAAAUUAGUAUCUUUAUGCACCCACUAUCACCGGAAGAAGAAGAAGAAGAAGAAGAAGAAGAAGAAGAAGAAGAAGAGAUGUUUAUGGAGUAAAUUUACUGUAAAUCUAUUUGUAAAAUUUUGAGUUUUUCUCAAAUAGUACAACCCUAAAAAAUUUGUGCAGCCCAUGAUUUUUCUUCCCUGGUCCGCAACUGAAAACUAUGUUGAUGUUCUAUGACCAUGACCAUUUAAAAGUGUGCCAAAUAAAUGCCACAUGGACGCAAUAUCAUCUGGGGAUGAGCAGAACCGGGUACCCGUCUAUUUUAGCCGGAACCGGAACCACUCCCGGAACCGGCGGUUCAUAGGUUUUGGGUAUUGGAACAGGAACCGCCUACACCGGUUCCUAGAAAAUUGGAACCGCUCCCGGAACCGGUGGAACCGGUUCCAGGUACCCGGCUUCAUGAUAAUUUACACCUUUUAUUGUAUACAUUUCAUUGAAAUAAACUUUUAUAAACAAUAGGAGACUACGACUACAAUAUAGAAAAAUAAUCAUAAAAACUUGAUCUGAAAACACCAUCCCAGCACAAUUGGAAUUUAGCGAGUAAUAUAACAAAAUGACAAUUUUCAACAAUAACAAAAGUCAAAACAGCAAACAGCCAAACAACAUUCUGCAAGUUUUAAAACAGCAUAAAAACAGUAAAACAGCCACAGCAUCAACAGGAAACAAUAAACAGCAAAACAACAGCAGCAAAACAGCACCG